AUGGACGAGAAAAACGGCAGCAUCCCGAGCGGUGAUGAGAUCAUAAACUCCUACCACCUCCCCAGGCCGCUGCCGCUAUGGCUCAACGCCAACUGCACCAAACACAUUGUCAAGGGCAACUUUAUGACACUGAGUGCUAGACCAAAAACGGUCGAGCAAGGAGAAUGGAUUGCUCACCAGGUCGUUGAGCACUAUCGAAACCUGUGGAAUUUCGUCCGCGUCGUUCACGAGAAGGAAGAGACUGGCCUCUCAAUCUGCAACUCCACAACUUGCCCGCGUACUUCUGCUGGAGCUAACCACUCCUUUACAUGGCUCAACAGAGACCGGGAACCAGUAGAGCUACCCGCAUACGAAUACAUGACUCUGAUGCAGCGAUGGAUUUCCGGCAAGAACGAUGACCCGGCCAUUUUCCCUACCGACCCAUCUGGCGUCUCGUACGCUCACAAUCCCGCGAUUACCACAACGCCGUUGUCACAGCUGUCCAACCCUGGCGAAAAGGAGUGGCUCGGCAAGCGAUCUGGAUUCCCCGACAAGUUUCUGGAGGUGUCCCAAAUGAUCUUUCGUCAAAUGUUCCGUGUAUACUCGCAUUUAUACUGGUCACAUUUCACGGAGCCAUUCUACCACUUGAACCUGGAGAAACAGCUGAACAGUUGUUUCUCUCACUUUAUCCUUACCGCCACAGCUCUUGACCUGCUUGGCCCUAACGAGCUGGAACCCAUGCAGCCUCUUAUCGACCUUUGGGCAGCCAACGGCACCUUUCCACCCGAGUCCAAGGCUUACGAGUACGCCAAUCUCCGCGCGGGCGAGCGUCUUUUGCAAUUAGCCAACAGCGCCCUGCAGUAG